AUGUUUGGGAUAUGGGAUAUGGGAUAUGGGAUAUGGGAUAUGGGAUAUGGGAUAUGGGAUAUGGGAUAUGGGAUAUGGGAUAUGGGAUAUGGGAUAUGGGAUAUGGGAUAUGGGAUAUGGGAUAUGGGAUAUGGGAUAUGGGAUAUGGGAUAUGGGAUAUGGGAUAUGGGAUAUGGAGAUGGAGAUAGUGUAGUAGGAUUUAUGUAUGAAUUGCGGUAA